UUUAUUAAAUAUGAAUCGUCUCGAGCCCAAGGGACGGAGCUUCAGCGUUAGGUGCUUCUGUGGGUCAAGAACAGCGGGCAGAAACGGAGUCGUCUUCGUCUUCGUCCUCGUCGCGGUCUUUUCUUCUUCCUCCUCAGAUUUUCUUUUUCUUUCUGGUUUUCUACUUUUACCAUUCCGCCUCCUUCUUUCACAUAGAAAGAAGAACAGUCGCGAUCUGGAGAGAGAGAGAGAUGUCGAGGGAGCUACCGUACACGAUGAGAGAUGUCAAUUACAAUAAUGACAAGUCCCGUCAUCGAUCAUUUAUCAAGGUGAUCAUCAAUGCGUUGCGAACCAGUAACCUGAGAGGGGAUUGUACAACAUGCGGUACUGGAAAGUUCUUGAUCUUAUUGAUGGUUUUUGGACUGAUCUAUCUUCUUAUGGUGGAUAGAGGACCUCAACAGUUGGACCCAGAAUUAGGUUUAGAAGAUACUGUAAAAGUAGGUUCACAUAAUCUUUCAGCGAAAAGCACUAUUCAAAAGCUAUUACGUAGGCCACCAAGGCUGCCUCCAAGGUUGCCAUCUUUUGGAGACGCCAAUAAGGAUGAAGCAUCAAAAUGGCUGAGUAGGCAGCACAAGGUUAAAGAGGCCUUUAUUCAUGCAUGGGCUGGGUAUAAAAGUUAUGCAUUGGGCUAUGAUGAACUUAUGCCAUUGAGCCAGAGAGGAACUGAUGGUUUAGGGGGUCUUGGUGCCACUGUUGUUGAUUCUCUGGAUACUGCCAUGAUAAUGGGCGUAGAUGAGAUUGUUUCUGAAGCAGGAUUUUGGAUAGAAACACAGCUCUCAAAGAGGAUCAGUGAAAAGGGCCAGGUAAACUUAUUUGAGACUACAAUUCGUGUUUUGGGUGGUCUUCUUAGUGCCUAUCAUUUAAGUGGGGGGCAUGGGGGCACAACAGCAAAAUGGGGUUCUUCGCACAUGCCUAAAGGUCCAAAGCCAGAGAUCUACCUGGAAAUAGCAAAGGACUUGGCAGACCGCUUGAUGUAUGCGUUUACAUUAAGCCCAACCCCUGUCCCAUAUUCUGACGUUAUCCUCCAAAGCAAGACAGCUCACCCUGCUCCAGAUGGACUAAGUAGUACUUCUGAGGUUGCAACUCUGCAGCUUGAGUUUUCCUAUUUAAGCAAUAUUUCUGGUGAUCCAAAGUAUGGUACCAAAGCAAUGAAGGUCUUGGAGCACAUGAGGAAGCUUCCCAAGGUCGAGGGGCUGGUACCUAUCUAUAUCAGUCCUCGUACAGGUGAAUUUAGCGGAGAAAAUAUAAGGCUGGGAUCUCGUGGGGACAGUUACUAUGAGUAUCUGAUAAAAGUCUGGCUUCAGCAAGGAUCAAGUCGUGAUUAUCAUUUGAAGUUUCUGCAUGAAAUGUAUGAGGAAGCAAUGAAAGGAGUGAGACACCUUCUAGUUCGCAAGUCGAUUCCUAAGGGACUGGUUUUCAUUGGGGAACUUCCCUAUGGAUCGAAAGGAACUUUUAGUCCUAAAAUGGAUCAUCUGGUAUGUUUCCUUCCUGGUGCACUUGCUCUUGGUGCUACGAAAGGGCUUACAAAGAAGAAAGCUAUGGAACGCAAUUUGCUGACCAUUGAUGACCUGGAAAAUUUGAAGCUUGCUGAAGAGCUUGCCAAUACCUGCAAUGCAAUGUACUCGGUGACUGCCACAGGACUGGCACCUGAAAUUGCUUAUUUCCAUGUGGAGGGAGAAUUUGAAAAUGGCUUAGAUGGUGGGAACAAGAGUUCAGAGUAUAUAAAUGAUAUCAUGAUAAAGCCAAAUGAUCGGCAUAAUCUAUUACGCCCUGAAACAGUAGAAUCGCUAUUUGUAUUAUAUCGUAUUACUGAAGAUCCAAAGUAUCGUGAGUGGGGCUGGCAGAUAUUUCAGGCGUUUGAGAAAUAUACAAAGGUUGAAACUGGGGGUUAUACUUCCCUAGAUGAUGUCACAACUGUACCGCCUCAUAAGAGAGAUAAGAUGGAAACCUUCUUCUUGGGAGAAACAUUGAAGUAUCUGUAUCUUCUAUUUGGGGAUGACAAUGUCCUACCUUUGGACGAGUUUGUUUUCAAUACGGAAGCUCAUCCUCUUCCAAUCAACUGGACAGCAAAACUCAGAUGAUGUUUCUACUUACGAUAUAUUAUGUUAAUGAGGCAUCUGGCUGCAUUCCUGUUAUAGAUAACACACAGGAUUCUUCCUCAUUUGCUGCAGGGUUCCUGAAUGGCAUUAUUGUGAUCUAUGUACAGCAGAUGGAUGAAAUCAUCUGAAGAAUUCUUUUGCACAUGUUAGCAGUUGCACACAGGCUCAUGAGUUUUUCAGCCAUUGCAUUUUUUGGCUACCACUGCUUGUGGACUCGAAGCAGCUGCUUUUGGUUGCUCUUCUGUGGCAUUGGCUUCAUUCAAUUUUUGUGUAACAAUUCCUUGUCAAUCUAAUGGGACUUGUAAAUGAUUUUGGCUCUACUCUCAAGUUCACAGUUUCUGUUAAUUAAAUUUGUAUUCUAUGAGCAGAAUCUUAAAAAAUGACAUGAAGAAUUCAGUAUAAAAUUUCGAUUGACAUUAA